CAAGCCCCGGGAAAACCUUAGUGCAAUCUCAUGUACGCUGGUAGGCCGCCGCGAACUUGCUUCAGUGGUACCAAGCAAAAGUGACGAGGACAUAGAAACGAAAUGACCCCGAACAACGUUAUACGGACGUUGGCACUCCUAUUCCUGCUUCUUGGGAUUGCCGACAGCUUUUCAGAGUGGUGCGAUGCCGAUAACGAUCGUCGUCUGGAGCACGCCAUUGAAGCAGCGCUAGCUGAUAUCCCACGAGAAAGGACCUCUGAAGUUCUGGCAGGAAUUUCUCAGCAAUCUCCUCUAGGAUUCGAAGGAUACAAAGUGACUGGCUUGAAUCAGCUUCGUCGACAGGGACCUCUCCAAACUUACUGCGGCAAUGGAAGUCAGGUUGUCAAUUUUGGCUUGGCUUCGGAAGAACCCAUCUUGUGCUCCUUUCAUUGGACAGCGGGCGGCAACGGUUCACUCGAUCUGGCUGCUAACGGUGUGCGGUUGAAGACGCAGCUUAAGUUCGUCCAGGGAAUUCCUAUAGACGGCAGCGGUACAGCCAGGAGAAUUCUUGACGAGCAAGAAGAGCCCGUGACCACUACGUUGCGCGUCGCCCGUGUGACGUUGCACAUUGAUGAUCCAAGCGGAAAUAGGACCAAGGCGACCGUAGGAUUUCUGAGGCACCUUGCACUGGCUUCCAUCCAAGAUGCCUGGGAAGACGUGUUCGUACCAAAGCUUGCACACGCCCUUAAAGAACAGCAAUAAAGCUAGGUCACCUUUACAGAAAUAAAGUUUUAUAAAAAUA